AUAGAUGGUUAGCUAGUGUAAAUAUCAUGUCGGCUAUAGCAACUCAGCAUCAGUAACACAUUGUUUGUGUCAGGAGACACACAAGUGUGUGUCACUUCAAAUUUUAUCCUUGAUGAGUGACAAAAUAUAAUGGAGGUGUGUGCGCCGUCUUCACUAGUGGGUGUUGAUGCUGUGUGGCUCAGGCAGCGAAGGUUCAUCUUUGUAUCGUUGAUCAAACACGUAAUAUGAUGCUGGACUGCUGUGGGAGAGGACACUUGAAUCUGCUUCACUUAUCCAUGGGUAUACUUUGCUCAUUUAGCAGUGUUCCCAAAUAUCUUUUAGACAUUUAAAGAAAAUAAUAUUUUUAUAAUAAAAAAAGCACCCAAAUACUAAGCAGCAAUGGCAGGAGUUGAUGCACAGCAUAUAAAAGACUUGAUUGCUAAAGGAAAUAGAUUUGAAGCAAUGAACAUUUUUAUUCAAAGCAAGUUUGGUAAACCAGAUAGCUCAGAGAGUAUUGUUAAAAUAAAACGGGAAGUUAGUGAGCCUGUUGUUAAAUCCAAGAAAAGUAAAACUGGUGAAAAAGCAAGUCAUAGCAAGGAUAAUAGCGAAAGUGACAGUGACGGCAGUGAGGGUGGUAGUGAUAGUGAGAGCAGUGGAAGCAGCCAUGCCAGUUCUUCAGCACCUCGCAGUGAUGCACUAGUGCCAGAAGUAGAGCUGAAAGAAGAUGAAAACUUGGAUGUUGAUAUAGAAACUGUUGAUCCUCUCACUGAAGCAGUACUACCCAGGCCUCACUUGCUGGACCAAGCUGGACCUGCACACAUGGGACAUCCACAGCAAAAUAUGCAAGGUUAUGGACACAUGGGAGGAAUGGCUCACUAUGGUGGCCCACCCGGAGGUCCAUAUGGCCCGUAUUGUGUCCAGGUCCCACAAUACGGGCCAAGAGGGGAUGGGACACAGACUAGUCCUAUCUGGUUGGAUCCUAGUUCUCAACAACACCAUCAGCAUCUACAGCAUCAACAAAUGCAACAUCAUCAACAUCAGCAUCAACAACACCAUCAUCCUCAUCAUCAGCAGCAUCAGGAGCAGCAGCAGCAACAACAACUACAACAGCAACAACAGCAGCAGCAGCAGCAACAACAACAACACCAGCAACAAGAAAAUUCCUAUGUACCAAGAAUUCAGCGAGAGAGUGAACCAGUUCCUAGUGAUUUGCACAAAAAGACUCAUCAAAAAUUCUUCAGAGAUCAAGGCCGUCCAUAUAUUUCCCGUGCUACAGGCAAGGAAAUCCGUGGUAGAGCAAUGGGUCCUCCGUGUAACUGCAAAAAGAAAUGCUGGUCCAAGAUUGAACAUGGUGCAGAUGAAAUUUUCUCAGCUUUCUGGGAUAUGGGUAACUUUGAUGAACAAAAUGUGUACUUAUAUGGAAAUAUCUCUAUUAAACCUGUGAGCCGCCAUUAUGUAAAAGGAUCAAACAGACGAACUUAUACAUUUACUUAUUGGUGUAAAGUUCGUGGUAAACAUGUGGAAGUGUGCAAAGAAAUGUUUAUGGGUGUGCAUGGCCUUCAGAAUAGUAGAGGAAGAAUAGGAAACCUUAUGAAGCAAAUGAAAGAUGGUAACUUGCUUCCAAAACCGGACCAACGUGGAAAACAUGCUAACCGGCCAAACAAAUACACAGAACAGUCCCUCCAAGCAGCUAGGCGGCACAUUGAAAUGUACAUCAAUCGAAAUAUGACACUGAAGAAAAUGUACAGGGAUUUUUAUAUGCCAUGGUGUGAUGAGAAUAAGAUUGUUCCCGUAAGUGAAGAUAAAUAUAGGAGAAUUUAUUCUGAGGAAUAUAAAGUUUCCUAAUACCUAAUGGUUAUAGCAAAAUUUGUGGAUUACGCAGGUACAAUACAUUCAUCCUUCACUCAUCAUUCAUAUGGAAAGUGGGAAUUGGUGUGUAAAUAAUGUUUCCCAUUUUUAGAUCAAGUACACACACACAUAUGUAUGUGUAUGUAUGGAUGUAAUGUAUAUAUAUAUUAUAUAUAUAUAUUAUAUAAUUAUAUAUUAUAAAAAGUGCACACACACACACAAACACAGUACAGUAAAAAAAAACUUACUAAAAGUGCUAAGCUCAUGAAGAUCACGGUAGCCUAUAUAUAAAAAUUUAUAUUGUUUUGUGUUAAGUUUUCAUUAGUUUCUCACACCUAACAUUGGCAGACUAAGUUUCUUCAUG